AUGGCUGUUGGUAAUGAACCUAUCGCCAUCAUUGGCACUGCCUGUCGAUUUCCCGGCGGUGCCAACUCCCCAUCAAAGCUAUGGGAUCUAUUGCACCAUCCUCGCGAUCUUUCUAGAAAGCCUCCCACAACUCGUUUCAAUGGGGAUGGCUUCUAUCAUCCUAACCCGGAGCACCAUACGACGACCAAUGUCACAAACUCGUAUUUCCUGGAGGAAGACCACCGACUGUUUGAUGCAACCUUUUUCAACACCACCCCGAAAGAAGCGGAGGCAAUCGACCCCCAGCAGAGGCUUCUCCUGGAAACUGUAUUUGAGGCCAUGGAAUCUGCCGGUCUGACUCUGAAAGGAAUGGAAGGGAGCCAGACAUCGGUUUAUGUGGGACUGAUGUGCAAUGACUUCCACGACAUUCAAGUCCGUGACCCUGACUACCUCCCACAAUAUAUUGCCACCGGGGCAUCUCGGGCGAUCAUCUCGAAUCGUGUGUCCUACUUCUUUGAUUGGAAAGGACCUUCCAUGACCAUCGACACGGCAUGUUCGUCCAGCUUGGUGGCAAUUCAUCAGGCUGUUCAAAGCCUCCGAUCCGGCGAGAGUAAAACGGCAUGUGCAGCUGGCGCCAAUCUGCUUCUUAGCCCAGAGAACUAUCAGGCAGAGUCCAAUUUGCACAUGCUUUCUCCCUCUGGAUGGUCCCAGAUGUGGGAUGCCAAAGCCGAUGGAUAUGCUCGUGGUGAAGGCAUUGCGGCCGUGUUUCUCAAGACCCUGUCCAGUGCGUUGGCCGAUGGAGAUCAUAUCGAGGGUAUCAUCCGGGAAACCGGUGUGAAUUCGGAUGGCCGUACACGAGGUAUUACCAUGCCGAGUAAUGAGGCUCAGCUGGACUUGAUUCGUGCUACCUACGCAAAGGCUGGGUUGGACCCCCUCCAGCCGGAGCAGAGAUGCCAGUACUUCGAGGCUCACGGCACGGGUACCCCUGCAGGUGACCCCCUGGAAGCAUCUGCCAUCAGCCGAGCAUUUUUCAAUGAGCAAAGCACUGACCCAGGCAAGCUACUUGUUGGGUCUAUCAAGACCGUGAUUGGCCACACAGAGGGAGCCGCUGGAGUGGCUGGAGUGCUGAAGGCUAUGCUUGCCAUGCAAAAUGGCAUUGUUCCUCCCAAUCAGCAUUUCGAGUCGCUUAACCCGGGUGUCAAACCUUGGUACACGCACUUGGAGAUUCCAACAGCGCCGCGUAAAUGGCCUACGACCGUAGAAGGCACUCCCCGACGAGCAAGCAUCAACUCCUUUGGCUUUGGCGGCACCAACAGCCAUGUCAUUCUUGAGCAUUAUGACCCGGCUAUUCAUAGCCCAGCUAUUCAUGACAAGUUGCCAGAGAGAGAGUCGAACGUGAGCGCGGCGAUCACCGAGCGUCCACUUUCGCUCCCAAUCGUCCUGUCUGCCCAUACCGAACAAUCCCUCCUCAGUAUGAUCCAAGCAUAUUCAGAGUACUUGAAGACAAACGACUCGGUUGAUCUGAAGAGUCUUUCCUGGACAUUGCUUGAACGUCGCAGCAUUUUCCCUGUCAGGGUUGCCUUUUCGCCCGGUUCUCAGAAGGAUGUUAUCGCGCAGAUGGACGCUGCCAUUGAACGUGGACGUGACUCUGGUACACGACUGAAAAUCCUGGAUCUUGAGGCUGGACCUCGUAUCCUGGGCGUUUUCACCGGCCAAGGUGCGCAAUGGGCCACCAUGGGCCGGGCUCUGAUCCUUCAUUCGCUGCUCUUUCGAGAGACAAUUGAGGACUUAGAGCAACAUCUAUCUGAACUGCCACAUCCGCCUUCGUGGUCUUUGAAAAAAGAGCUCAUGGCGCCUCCGAAAACCUCUCGUCUGGAAGAAGCUGCUUUAUCCCAGCCGUUGUGCACUGCGGUGCAGGUUGCGACGGUGAACCUCUUGCAUGCCGCUGGUGUCUCUUUUCAUACUGUGGUAGGCCACUCCUCUGGUGAGAUUGCGGCAGCUUACACUAGCGGGUGCAUAACAGCCCGCGAAGCUAUUAGAAUCGCCUAUUAUCGCGGUUACUUUGCCAACCUUGCAGCAGGAUCGGAUGGUCAAAAGGGUGGAAUGCUGGCUGCCGGUCUUAGCCUUGAAGAAGCACGGAACUUCUGUAAUCGCCCUGGCUUCAAAGGCCACAUCGUAGUAGCUGCGAGUAACUCGCCAUCCAGUGUCACACUGUCUGGAGACCUUGACGUCAUCCUGGCAGCUAAGAGUGCUCUUGAUGCUGAUGGCAAGUUUGCUCGAGCACUGAAGGUGGACACCGCGUACCACAGUCCGCAUAUGCAGCCUUGCUCAGAACCCUAUCUCGAAGCAUUGACUGCUGUCCCAAUCCAUGCACAGUCAGCCAAACCCGGUUGUGCGUGGCUCUCCAGCGUCUACAGCGACAAUGGACGGCCCAGAAAAGAGGAGCUUUCAGGCACAUACUGGCGAGACAACAUGGCCAACCCAGUCCUCUUCUCUGAGUCUGUGCAGGCCGCUUAUGACAGGCGUGGUCCUUUUGAUAUUUGCAUCGAGGUUGGACCCCAUGCUACGCUCAAAGGACCUGCAACGCAAACCAUCAAGGAAGUGUCUGGCAACCCACGACCUUACCAAGGGGCACUGCACCGGGGUAAGGACGAUGUUGUUUCUUUUGGCAGUCUCUUGGGAUUCUUGUGGACACAUCUUCCUGCAGGUGCUAUUGACUUCAAGGGCUUCGCAACAGCCAUGGGUGAAGAUGUCCCGCAGCCUGCUCCCAUCCCAAGGAAUCUACCGUCCUAUCAGUGGGAGCACAACCAGGUUCAUUGGAGGGAGGGGCGCCUGUCUAAGCAAUAUCGAGGCCGACCCCCAUUCCAUGAACUUCUGGGUACCAGACUCCCUGGUGAUGUCGAACAUGCGCCUCGCUGGCGCAAUAUUCUUCGAGCAGACGAGGUGCCGUGGCUUCGCGAUCACCGCUUCCAGGGCCAAAUCAUUGUUCCAGCCGCUGCCUACUGUGUGAUGGCAGUGAGCGCGGCGCAAUCGCUCAGUAAGGACCUUCCAGUUGAGACCAUCGAAAUCACUGAUCUGGAGAUUGAGAAUGCUAUCACCCUCCCAGAUGGUCCGCCUGGAGCUGAGGUACUCUUCAAUCUCCACCAUAUUGAAUCUACGGAGGGGGCAGACAAGGGUAUCAUUCGUGCAGAAUACGCCUGCUUCUCAGGUCCUGCUGAUGGUUCGGGACCAAUCAAGAAGAUCUUUACAGGAAAGCUAUCUGUCUUUCUGGGCCGGUCACAGGACACUGGUCUUCCAGCUAGGGGCAACAUUCGUCCGAUUCUCUACCCCAUGGACGUGGAUGACUUCUACGAACAAAUGACGAGCAUUGGUCUCAACUACUCCGGAUCCUUCCGCGGUAUUCAAGCUGCGCAGCGCCGGCUUCACAAUUCUACCAUUCGUAUUGGCGCCCCAGGAGAGGACAGUGGGUCAUUCCUCAUCCACCCUAUCACGCUGGAUGUUUGUUUCCAGGCAAUAUUUGCCGCAUAUGCUUCACCGGAUGACGGGUCGCUUCGAACAUCAUUCCUUCCUCAGAAAUUUGGUCGGAUUGUUCUGGCUGUCCCUGAGUGUCAAGCCAAUAUCGAUGCUCAGUCCAGUGUCACCGUCGACGCCGUCGUGACCAAUAUUGUGACCGCGAACACUUUCCAAAUGCCUGCUAUCAAUGGUGACCUUUACGUAUUCAAUGAAAGGUCUGGGCAGAUGCAAGUCCUGAUUGAAGAAUUGUCGGUCAGUUCUUUUGCCCCUGGCUCGGAAAGUGACGACCGCAAGCUAUUCCUCGAGGAUCGUUGGAACCUGGAUAUCUUGAGUGGUCUCAGUGCUAGUCGCUGCGGCCUUGAAACCUCUGAGAAGCAGGCGCCCACAGACGCAUGCAAACGCGUUGCUCAUUUCUACCUGAGAGAGCUAAGCAGGGAGGGCACCGUGCCGCGUGUUAUGCCCGAAUAUAAAAACCUCCUUCGAUUCGCAAGCUCUCUCUCCUCUCAGGGACCAGGUGGUGAGAACUUGGCAUGGGCAAGCGAUACCGAGGAUAACAUCGCCGAUCUUGUCAGGCAACAUCCCGACAGUCAUGAUCUGAGAUUGAGCAAGGCGAUCGGAGAGAGACUCCCGGCUAUUGUGAGCGGUGAUGCGACUUUGGCGGACGACCAUAUUGCAGCGAUCUUUGACCAAUCCCUCAGAAAAGGAUCGACAUUAGAGCUGGGCUAUGGCCAACUUGGCUCAGUCGCUAAACAAAUCGCUCACAAGUAUCCUCGGAUGUCGAUCUUGGAGAUCGGUGCGUACGCGGGACGGGUUACAAAGUCAAUUCUUCAGGAACUGGAAGAUACUUUCUCGAGCUACACUGUUGCCAACACAUCUACCACCUCGCCGGACUACUUUGCGGAUGUGCACAGCGGUCUACCCAGUGGUGUUCUGACAAAGGACCUGAAUUUGAACGAUGACCUUGAAUCGCAAGGGCUCAAGGUUGGCUCGUUCGACCUUAUCAUUGCGGUCGGCCUAACACCUCUGUCUCUUCCCAUUCGUGAAUCCCUCUCGAGACUUCGGGGACUGUUGAAACCUGGUGGCUUCUCUGUCUUCUUUGAGCCAACGGGAACCGGAAUUCAGUACCCCUUCGUAAUGUCUAUUCUUCCACAUUGGUGGUCACUUGAAGACGAGGACCGGUCUGAAGCGAGAACGGUGUCACUGGUCACCUGGGACCGAUUACUUCGCCAAACGGGAUAUUCUGGUAUUGAUGCGACCCUCAAUGACAACCCAGAGCCUCAGAUGUCUCUCAUUGUGUCCCAGGCUACAGACAAUGUUGUGAAAUCUUUACGGAAGCCUCUCCAAUCUCGAAAAGUGGUUGGAUCCCUGCCCGGGAAGCUUUUGAUCCUUGGCGGGAAGACCUUAAUGACGUCCCAACUGAUCAGCCAACUAGAAAUGCUUCUCGAGUCUUGGUUUCAAACUAUCCUGAUUGUGGAUUCCCUUGAAGACUUGAAAGAGAAGACCUUGGUGGACGUUACCGCCGUGUUGUCUCUGAAAGACCUCGACUUUCCUUUCAUCAAGGACUUCAAUAAGAAGUCUUAUUCGAACCUCAAGCUGCUAUUCGAGCGUGUACCCAGUGUUUUAUGGAUCUUGCAGGGACAUCGCCAAAGCAACCCCUACCACGCCGCGUCACUCGGUCUUCUCCGUACUAUUGCGGCGGAGAUCCCACAGUUGCACCUUCAAUGUCUUGACGUUGAGCACACCGAGAACCACGAGCUGCAUCUCGCAGAAUCCAUCCUUCGCUUGGUGAUCAUCCAAACGAAGAAGAUUCGGAACGACAAAUCUAUCCUCUGGACUGCUGAGCAGGAACUCGUCCUGCAUCGGGGUCUUUUCUGGCUCCCUCGGAUUGUGCCUGUGAGAGAGCUCAAUGAUCGUCUCAACUCCAUCAAAAGGCUCCUACAGAGAGACGUUGACUCGUCUUCUAUUCAGGUAAUACUUUCCAAGACAAUCUACGGCAGCGAAGCCGGCAGGUACACUGCUGUCCAGGGUCUCAAGAGAGACACUUUCGUCUCUACUCCGACCACGGACAAGUCGCUGCACUUGAGUGAAAGUUCACUUGUCGCAGUUCGAGUUUCGGAGGGCGUUUCUCUCUUCGUCGGACUUGGGCGCGAUCUGACGACUGAUGCUGAGUACUUGGCCCUCCUUCCUCAGAAUGCCUCUCUGGUGACUGUUCCCACCUCGUGGACGCAACCCCUUCGUGAGGGAUUCACUCCAAGUCUUUCAAUCGAGGCUGCCUUGAGAUACUUGGUGGCUCGGCGGGUGGUAGACUUGGCCUCCUCAUCAGGGUCAACUGUUUUGCAUGGACUGGACAGCCAACUUGCCUCCAUCAUUUGGGACAGAGCACAGACAAACGGAAAGCGCGUCGUUGUGGCCACCGACAUUCCCAAUGACACCUCCCUGCCGGCGCACAUUCCUAGGCUGUACCUUCACCCUCACGCGUCGAAGUUAAUGCUUCGAUCAAGUCUGCCUCGGGAUGCCAAAAUGCUGAUCGACAUUUCUAUUGGCCAGAAGUACCUUGGAAGGCUGAUAGAUGUCCUGCCUCAUGACAGUGUGGUACUCACAUCCGAUGUCGUUUUCAGCGACCAUGCCUCCUCACACAGCGUGGAACAACCAGUGGAAUUAUGGCAAGAUUUCUUUGUCCAGGCCACCGCUGACGCGAAUCAAGCCCUUUUACGAGUGCGACCAAGCGAGCUACUACACGCGGCGUCUGAUAGGUCUCCGUUGACAAUCAUUGACUGGACUGGUGACGAACGACUACCCACCACCCUUCAGCCACUGGAUGCCUCCAAAUUGUUUUCAAGCACGAAGACCUACCUUCUUGUUGGAUUGACGGGCGAAUUGGGACAAUUCCUCUGUAGGUGGAUGAUAAACAAUGGCGCACACCACAUCGUUGUCUCCAGCAGAAAUCCUCAAAGAGGCACACGAUGGGAGGCCGAACUUCGUUCGAUGGGGGCUGACCUGCACAUCGAGCCCUGCGAUGUCACGAGAAAACCUGAUGUUGCCCGGCUCGUCCAGAAACUGCGAAACACGUUGCCUCCAGUUGCUGGAGUGGUCAACGGAGCCAUGAUUAUGCACGACCAGCCCUUCGCAGACAUGGACGAGGAGACCUUCCGCAAGGUGCUCCGGCCGAAGGUUGAUGGGUCUAACAACCUUGACCAGGAGUUUUGGGAUAGUCCAUUGGAUUUCUUCAUAAUGACCUCCUCCACUGCAGCCGUCGUUGGAAAUCCUGGGCAAGCAAAUUACGCCGCAGCAAAUCAAUAUAUGGUUGGCCUCGCCGCUCAGCGCAAAGCGCGAGGCGUAGCUGGCUCGGUUGUCGACAUCGGAAUGAUCAUGGGAAUCGGCUACAUUCGCCGCAGCGAGGGAAAGGCGACCUAUGAGCAUUUCCUCGGCAAGCAGAACUUAAUGCCAAUUUCCGAGCACGAUAUCCGUGACAUAUUCAGCGAAGCCAUCUUCGGUGGCCACCCGGUCACAGGCGAACGUUCUCAAAUCAUGACCGGUCUGGCUAAAGUCGAUCUAUCCGAUAGCAGUAAACGGCCAAGCUGGAUCGCCAACCCGCGCUUCUCUCAUCACAACUUCGAAUCUGAGCCACAAAGGGCCCAGAGCGUUGGAUCAGAUGCGUCUCCUAAGACCAGACUCCGCGAAGCUGGUAAUGUUCAAGAUGCUUCACUAAUCCUGCAAGAAAUGUUUGCUGCUGAACUAGCUGUAAUUCUACAGUUGCCGCCCGACAAUGUCAAUAAGUCCAUCUCGUUGUUGGAAAUGGGGGCGGACUCGCUUGUGGCGGUUGAAAUUCGAUCCUGGUUCCUGAGAGAAGUUGGACAGGAUGUGCCCGUCCUGAAGCUGUUGGGGGGUGCGAGCGUUGUGGACUUAUGUGACGAGCUAGCAGUCGACAUCCUUGCAGACAAUGCCGCUGGGGCCGAUGAGCCCGUUCCCGAAAAGCAGGAAAGUGACUUGGCGGUUGGACAGAGUCCACCGGAGAACGUUGCUCUUGCUGAGGACAAGGCACGCGUGGAAUCGAGUGCCUCAUCUGACGAGAGUUCGACAGUCGGAGACACUCAAGCACAAGCAACCCCUGAUACAUCCGACAAUGAGUCUACCACAUUGAGUAAGCCAGUCUUGCCUCCGUGGUUGCGCAUCAACCCAAUGUCUUACGGGCAAUCUCGAAUCUGGUUCCCUUCCAUCUACCUAGAAGACAAGACUACAUACAACUGCACAACCUCCUAUCGCCUCAAGGGGCUAUUGGAUGUUGACAGACUCGAGACGGCACUGCGACUAGUGACCCAAAGGCACGAAUCCUUCCGCACCUCGUUCCACACAGACAGCUUCACCGGUGACGCCAAGCAGGUCAUUUUGAGAAAGAGCACCUUCAGGCUCCGUAUACUGAACUCUUCGAAUGAUCAGAGUGAUGUUGAACGAGAAUUCAAGAAAAUGCACAGCCACGUCUAUGACCUUGAGCGUGGUGAUACCUUCCGUGUUGUUCUCCUGAGCCAUGCACCUGACUAUCACACGAUUGUCUUUGGAUAUCACCAUAUCAUGAUGGACGGAGUCAGUUGGCAACUCACUCUCCAAGACAUCGAACGAUGCUAUACCUCGCCGACGGUGAAACAUCCAAGCCCUUUGCAAUACUCGUUAUUCGCAGAGAAGCAACGACAGGCUAUUGAGAACGGUGUAUAUGCAAAGCAACUUCAGUACUGGAAGUCACAGUUCCGUGAUCUACCGAGUGCCCUCCCCUUGUUCAGCUUUGCAAAGACCAGUUCCCGCAAGGCGAUGACAAAAUACGAAACCAUCGAGCUUGUGCAGCCUCUCGAGCCCGCAUUGACGAAUAAGGUGAGAGUAGCCAGCAAGAAAGCAAAGGUUACGACGUUGCAUUUCUAUCUCACUGCCUUCCAAGUGAUGCUUCAUCAUUUCCUUGGCGUUGAUGAUCAGUGCGUCGGUAUUGUGGAUGCAAACCGCAACAACCCGGAUUUCAUGCAGACAAUCGGGUUCCUCUUGAACAUGCUGCCAUUGCGUUUCAAGCUUCAGAAUGACCCAAGCUUCGAGGACAUGGUCCAACAGACUCGCACUUCCGUCUAUGCCGCACUUGGUAACUCAGACAUCCCGAUCGAUCUCAUUCUCGACGAGCUCGACAUUCCCAGAUCAACCACCUUCCCCCCACUGUUCCAGACAAUAUUCAAUUAUCGGAUGGGGGCCCUGAAGCAAAGCACUAUUGGUGACAUCAGCCUCGAAUGGCACGAUUACAAGGACGCACGGAAUCCUUAUGAUAUCACAGUCUCCGUCGAUGAGAAAGACGAUGGCACUGGCGGCUUCUUGUCAUUAGGUUUGUUGGACUACUUGUUUGACCGCGAAGGCGGGAAAUUGCUCAUCACGGCCUACGUCAACAUUCUCGAGCAAGCUACUUUGGAUCCUGGUAUGCGACUCAGUGACUAUGUUCUGUUCCCAGAAGGUGAAUCUUACAAGGCCACGUCGUUGGGGAUUGGCAAAACGAUUAAAACAACUUGGCCGGACACGCUGUCGAAGAGAAUCAAUGAUCUGGUCGAGACUCAGCCUGAUGAACCAGCACUGAAAGACUCUUCCGGAAGUGUUCUGACCUACCGUGCCAUGGGUGACCGAGUAAACGCUAUCGCCGCUUCACUCAGUACCCUUCCUUCGGUGCGGGCUGGGUCGCAUAUUGGCGUUUGUUGCCAACCAUCGGCAGAUUUGGUGUGUGCGCUUCUGGCAAUCCUACGCCUCGGUGCCGUCUACGUGCCUCUCGAUUCUAGUAUGCCUGUCGAGCGUUUGGCAUUGAUCUGUGAUGAGGCGCACCUGCAGGCUCUGGUCCACGACAAGGCAACAGCCAGUAUGGCGAAACAACUCCGUCCACAGGGUAGGAAUAUUGUCGACCUUACAUUUCUACCAAGCCACACUGAAAAGACCAUUCCGGACCUCAGCGAAGCCGCAUCAAACGCAUUCAUCAUGUUCACAAGCGGCUCAACUGGCAAACCCAAAGGUGUCCAGCUAACACAUGCCAACUAUAUGUCCCAUGUGCUUGCUGCAUCUCAGCGAAUGGGUCUGCAAAAGGAGACGGUCUUGCAGCAGAGUUCAGUCAGCUUUGAUUUGUCACUUGCUCAAAUAUUCUACUGUCUUUCCAACGGAGGUACUCUCAUCGUGACCGACAGCCAAAGGGAUCCAGAGGCAUUGGCAGCGUUGAUCCAACGCGAAGGAGUGACAUUCACCUUCUGUGUACCUUCGGAGUAUUCGAUUUUACUGCGAUAUGGCAGAGAGACACUGACAUCUUGCAAGUCCUGGCGCAUUGCGCUCUCAAGUGGCGAGGCAUUCCCUGUCAGCCUCAAGGAGAAGUUCCGUGAUCUCCAACUUAACACACUAACGGUCUUGAAUGCUUAUGGCCCGACUGAAGGAUCCAUCGUUGCUACCAUGUGUGAGGUCGACUACGAGGCUAUCAAUGAUGAAAGAGUUCCAAUUGGUCGCACGCUCGACAACUACGCCGUUUAUGUCGUCGACGAUGCGGCAAAGCCCGUCCCAGUCGGCUUUCCUGGUGAACUUGUUCUCGGUGGACCUGGUAUUAGCCCGGGAUACUGGCAGAAUCCAGAACUUACGAAGCAGAAGUUCAUACCAGACUCAAUUUCGGGUUCUGAGAAGGUGGCCAAUGGCUGGAAGACCCUUUAUCGUACAGGAGAUAAAGCACGCAUGCUCGAAGACGGAUCUCUGAUCUAUCAAGGCAGAAUUGAAGGAGACUUGCAGGUCAAACUCCGAGGAGUGCGCGUCGAAUUGGAAGAAAUUGAAAAUGCGAUCCUUAACAAUGCCCGUGGCAUGCUGUCCGAUGCUGCAGUCGUCCUCAGAGGAGAAACGGAGAAGUUCCUGGCCGCGUUUGUUGUUUUCGCAGACGAUCGUGAACCCAAAGACAACUCAUCCGAAUACCUUCGAUCGUUGCGCUCUACGCUCCCUCUCCCCUUGUUCAUGAAGCCGGCCAUCAUCGAGAAUCUGGCUAAGCUUCCAAUCACGGCUUCGGGAAAGCUUGAUCGGCGCGCGCUAAGCACUAUUCCUUUGGGUGACAUCCCUGGCGCCGAGUCCACCGAGAUAUUGACCGGAACCGAACUCCAGUUGAGCGACAUUUGGCAGACGCUUCUAGCAGAUGUCGGUGAAUCUCUGAAGAUUGAGAAAGCAUCUGACUUCUUCUCAGUCGGUGGUAAUUCGCUACUCCUGCUCAAGAUGCAAGCUGAGAUCCGCGAUCGUCUUUCCAUUGAACUUUCCCUGCCUGAGCUCUUCCAGAACAACACACUCGAAGGCCUUGCUGCACGUAUUGAUGCAGCCGGUACUGGCACUUUCUCUGAAAUUGAUUGGGAGGCUGAGACAGCUGUUUCCCCCGAAAUCGCAUCCCUAAAGCAAGUGUCGCGCACAUCAACGGCCUCUACUAGGUCAAAGACUGUUCUUCUGACUGGUGCCACCGGGUUCCUCGGUCGUGCCUUGUGCCAGCAGCUGUCUGAUAGCCCGGAGAUUGGAAAGAUCGAAUGUCUGGCUGUGCGAAACCCCGCCGCAGCCCGCGAGCAGUCAAAGAAGAUCUCCUUCCACGCAGGCAACCUCAACCUGCCUUUCCUGGGGCUCUCCGAGAGCGAGGCAAACAGACUCUUUGCAUCAGCUGAUAUCAUCAUCCACAACGGAGCUGAUGUCUCCUUCAUGAAGACUUAUCACUCGCUUCGCCGGCCAAACGUGGAAUCCACCAAGGAGCUUGUCCGCCUCGCAGCUAAGUAUCGGACGCCCUUCCAUUUCAUCUCCACGUCUGGAGUUGCCCAUCUAAGCGGGAAGGACUCGUAUCCUGAAAUUUCUGUCGCGGCUUAUCAGCCCCCCACCGAUGGUAGUGACGGGUAUGUGGCAUCCAAGUGGGCCAGCGAGCGGUUCCUCGAACGCGUCGCUGCUCAGACUGGAAUACCUGUGUGGAUUCACCGACCGACGAGCGUGACGGGGGCUGACACUCCAUCUAUGGACAUUGUGCACACCGUUCUGCGCUACUCCCGCCUCUUGAAGAGCGUGCCCGAGCUGCCGGGCUGGGGCGGAUACUUUGAUUUUGUGCAUGUGGAGUCCGUGGCUCGGACAGUCCUCGAAACUGUACUGGCUGGGGCUGUUGUCGACACCAAGGAGCCGAUCUAUGUCCACCACUGCGGGGAAACUGUCGUCCCCGUCCAGCAGGCUCGUGCCUACGUGGAAGAGGAGGUUGGUGAGACUGUUACCGCACAGAGUACAGCAGACUGGAUCGCUGCAGCCUCUGCUGAGGGAAUGGACCAGUUGGUCGCAGCUUUCUUGAAGAUGUUUGCGGACGGGACUGCUCACUCUCUUGUUUUGCCUCGGCUGGUCAAGGGUGGGCCGGAGGGUUUGGACGUUUGA